GGCAAGUAUUACUACGAUCGAAUACGUUCAUUCGUUCGUUCGUUAGUUUGUUCGUUCGUUCGUAAGUUUCGUUUAGUUUCGUUCACGACGAUGAUCGUGUUCUAGUCGAUUUAAUACAAUAAACAAACAACAAAAUAAGAAAUAAAAUAAAAUAUACAUUAACGCGUGUGGUUCCGAACGUGAUCGAGAAAUAGAAUAGUAAACCUUUUUCUUUCAAUUUCUUUCUUUAUCCUUAAUUAUUUCUAUUUCUAUCUCUCUUUUUAUUAUCAUCAUAAACAACAACAUAUCAUUUGAUAAACGUCAAUUUGGGAAAGAAACUUGGAGACCCGCAUUGUGUACACGAAAAAAAAAAAGAAAAAAUACUCAACUGUAUAUUUACUUUGGUGAGAAAAGUUAACGGGUUUUGAAGCUGGUUACCGUCGUGUUCUUCUGUGUUAUUCAGGCAAAAAGGAAAUUGAACUUUCUCCUUCUAUCUAUCUUUCUUUCUUUCUUUCUUGUCGCGGUCAACUCAACGUGAACAAAAUCACGAAAUAAUAUUCAAUUAAUAAAAAGUUAAAGAAAGACAAAAAAUUAAAAAGGAUAUUAUUUAGAAGUAGAAUCUAUCGCGAGAUCGAUAUUAUUUUUUUUUUAAUAUGUACUUACUUUGAUUAUUAUUUUUUUUUAUCGUUUCGUUUAAAUUAAUCUUUUGGUUUUGUACUUUUUUUACAAACAAGAAGUGAAGAAACACGCGUUUAUAUUUCUUCGAAGUUAAGUUGAAUCUUUCUAUGGUGCGUUAAAAGUAAUAAUAAUAUAAUUUAUUAUUAUUAUUGUUAUUAUUUUUACUUGCGAAGAAAAAAAAGUGGGGAAAGAACGCGUGUGGUGUUUGCUAAUAAGUGCACGUGACAUUUGAAAUAACUGAUUAAUCAUGCGAGUAAAUCGUGGAAUUUGCGCUAAACUACAAGGAGGAUUUCUCAGACGAUGGUGGGCAGCAGUGGCACUCGGAGUCUUGCUGAUUAUUAUAGCUGCAAUAUUAGCUGGAAUUUUUCCAAAAUUGAUCGAAGUCAUCGUGAACAAGCAAAUUGCAUUGAAGGACGGUGGAAGGACUUUUGGUUGGUGGAAGGCACCACCCGUGACACCGCUUUUACACAUUUACAUUUACAAUGUUACCAAUGCCGAUGAAUUUUUAAACAACGGAGAAAAACCUAUACUCAAUGAACUAGGUCCAUACGUUUAUAAACAACGUUGGGAAAAAGCAAAUAUUACUUUCAACGGAAAUGAUACGAUCAGUUACAGAAUACGAAAGACAUACGUUUUUACACCGGAAUUGUCAGUUGGUUCUGACGAUGAUCUCGUAGUAGUGCCAAACGUUCCAAUGUUAUCAGCAACAUCUCAAUCGAAGUACGCAGCACGUUUUCUUAGAUUGGCAAUGGCAUCAAUAAUGGACAUAUUAAAAAUUAAACCAUUCGUCGAGGUAUCCGUAGAACAAUUAUUAUGGGGAUACGAGGAUCCACUAUUGAAAUUAGCCAAGGACGUAGUACCUAAAGAACCAAAGUUUCCUUUCGAUCAAUUCGGUUUGUUGUACGGAAAAAAUGGUACUCAACCGGAUUGGUACACUGUAUUUUCUGGUGACGGUGACGUCACGAAAUACGGUUUAAUAGAAAAAUGGGAAGGUAAGAAGUUUUUGGGACAUUGGACAUCACCUAAUUGCGAUAGUAUCAUGGGUAGCGAUGGUAGUAUUUUUCCACCAAGGAUCACGAAGGAUACAGUUUUGAAAAUAUUCGACAAGGACCUUUGUAGGGCUCUACCUUUGGUGUUUCAGAAAGAGAUAAUGACUACCGGUGAUAUUCCUGGAUAUAGAUUUACACCACCAACGAAUGUAUUUGCAUCACCUGACAAGGUACACUCUCAACAAUGUUUUUGUCCUGCUGGACCACCCUGUGCACCCGAAGGAACAUUCAAUGUUUCUGCCUGCCAAUUUGAUUCUCCUGUACUUCUUAGUUUUCCACACUUUUAUAUGGCUGAUCCUGCAUUGAGAGAAGCCGUGAUAGGUGUGUCACCACCUGUACAGGAAAAGCACGAACUUUUUGUUGACAUUCAACCAAUGAUGGGUACAGCUCUUCGUGCACGUGCAAGAAUACAAAUAAAUCUCGCUGUGAGCCAGGUGCGAGACAUCAAACAGGUUGCAUCUUUCCCUGACAUCAUUUUCCCCAUCAUGUGGUUCGAGGAUGUUAUCGAUGAGCUACCAAUGGAAAUGCGUUCGUUGUUAAAAAUGGCAGUGGAUUUGCCACCGAUCGUAAGAGCCGCAUUAUCUGGAGGAUUGGCACUACUCGGUGUUAUUAUACUAAUUGGUGCUUUAUGUUGUUUGGCACGAGCCGCUAAACGACAAGAAAAACUUCACCUGAGUAAUCCUUUGCCAGCCAAUGCGAGUAACAACACUAAAAGUGGUCAACUAAAUCCAGCCUUUCAAAAUUCCAAAUAAACCUAAUUCGUAGAUUUUCGUUAUUUCAAAUGCAUUCAUUAGUUUCCACUAUCGUUCGUGUGUGUUUGGGGGCUUAAAGAA